GUGGUAAAAAAGAAAAGAAAAGAAAAGAAAUAUUUGAUAACACAGCCCAAAAAUACAUCCGAUGCGAUGCCACCACCCUCAUCGGCCAUUGGAGCACACCCUGACUGCAACCCCUAAUAAACCCUUACCCACUUCUCUUCCUCGAUCAUACGCUGGCUCCACCGCCGCCGGCUGCUCCGCUGUUCCGGGUGCCUGGAACCGCAGCCCCGGCCGCGUCUUCUUCCUCGCCGGCAACCGGCGGAGAUGAGCCUUGGCGGCCAUGGUGAUGAUGAUGACCAAGACCAAGAAGACACCCCCGCCUCCGCCCACCUCCCCUCGGGACCUCCCGGAAGACUGCCGUUCCGCCGGGCUCCGGCGUCGCAGGUGGCGCAGCAGCACUGCGGCCACAGCUGCUGUCGCGGUGGCGGCGUUGCUGAUCUCCACCGCCGCCUGGCUCUCUCUAGUCUUCUCCGGCACCAGAGACGCCCGAUGGCACCGGCUUACGCACCGCCACCAGCAUUUCCCCCUUAGUUCAUCUUCGGAGGCUCCCUCUUUUCCUUCUCCUCCUUCUCGUCCUCGGCUGGUGUCUACGAUCACCGGCCGCAACCGCAGCCUCUCUGAACUGGGCCCGGGGCGGAAGGACCUAACCCUAGGCCACAUUGUCUUCGGCAUUGCGGGUUCCUCGCGCCUGUGGAACCGCCGCAAGGAGUUCAUCAGGCUCUGGUGGCGGCCUACAAUGCGCGGCCACGUGUGGCUGGAUGACCGACCCCCUGAGGCCGCCGGGGGCGGCGGUUCUGAUUCUCUCCCGCCUAUUAUGAUCUCAGAGGAUACCUCUCGCUUCCGCUACACCAACCCUACCGGCCACCCCUCGGGCCUCCGAAUCUCCCGCAUUGUCGCAGAAUGCUUCCGCCUUGGCUUGCCCAACGUGCGGUGGUUCGUGCUGGGAGACGAUGACACUAUCUUCAAUGUAGAUAACCUUGUUGCUGUGCUUAGUAAAUAUGACUCUUCUGAGAUGGUUUACAUUGGAUCUCCGUCCGAGAGCCACUCUGCUAGUACUUACUUCAGCCACUCCAUGGCCUUUGGUGGUGGUGGGAUUGCCAUCAGCUACCCUUUGGCUCGGGCCCUGUCGAAAAUUCAGGACGAUUGCCUUGAGAGGUACCCAAAGUUUUACGGUAGCGACGACAGACUCCAUGCUUGCAUUGCAGAGCUGGGGGUUCCUCUGACUAGAGAGCUCGGGUUUCACCAGUGGGAUAUUAAAGGCAGUGCUCAUGGUCUCUUAUCUUCCCAUCCUGUCGUGCCCUUUAUCUCAAUUCACCAUUUGGAAGCUGUUGAUCCUUUUUAUCCUGGCUUGAGCUCCUUGGAGGGAUUGAAGCUAUUCACUAAGGCCAUGAGAACUGACCCGGGAAGCUUUCUGCAGCGAUCAAUCUGUUACGACCGCUCUCAGCAUAUUACAUUCUCAGUGUCUCUAGGAUAUGUCAUUCAGGUCUGGCCAAAGAUUGUCUACCCCCGCGAUUUGGAGCGUUCUGAACUGACUUACUCUGCUUGGAAUGGAAUACAUCACAGGAAUGAAUUUGACCUCGAUACAAAGGACCCUGUCAGAUCAAUCUGUAAAAAGCCAGUGCUUUUUUUCUUGAAAGAUGUGAGAAGAGAAGGCGGGGCCACAUUGGGUUCUUAUGCACGGGCUAGAGGAAGCAAUGACAUGAGAAGAAGAGUUUUCUGCUUCCCACGUUCGCCUCCCUUGCACCGUGUGCAGACCAUUGAGGUGAUAGGGUACCCGGUUAGCAAGAGUUGGCAUUUGGUGCCUCGUCGGCUCUGUUGCAAGCUAAACAAUGCUAGCGGUGAUGUCCUCAAGAUGACUGUGAGGCAGUGUGAGAAGGGAUCAUUCGGUUCUCUGAUGGCUCAUUUGUGACUAAGGUAUUCAAUUUAUGGUGGAUGAGCAGUUGGAGGUUUUUUUGGAGCGUUUACAAAUCCGUGUAGAGGAAGCCCUCAGGGAUUGGAAGGUUGAGGGACGUUGGACUUCUUUUUUCCACAGCUGAGUAAACGAAACUUCGUUGAUGCAUUGAGCCCGGAGAGGGGGGGGAAACAAAACAUUCUUUGCCUUCAUUUUGUGUUAGAAGGUCAUCAAUUUUAGUUCUAAGAUUUAACAUUUGGACUUGCUGAAUUAACUGUGGUAUAGUCAGGGUGAUGUCUCUUCUGCCCUAUGUGCACACAAGCAGAUAUGGUAUGAAGAAAAGAUUCCGACAUGCUCUUUCAAGAAUCUUAUUGGACUCGCAAAUGUUGGCUAUCUCAACGGAAAUCAUAUUGGUUUUC